AUGCCGGCGCCCAUUGACGACUCCCUCGAAGCCAGAGUCUCCCCCGAGUGCCCCCAAGAGACUCGCGAUGUCCUCUACCACGCAUGGGGCCACGACCUGAGCGGCCUGAAGAAGCUCCUCGACGACCGCAGCAAGGCCAGCCUCCAGGAUCCCAAGACCGGCGAGACCCCGCUUCAUGCCGCGAUCCGCGCCUGUGGCCCGGCCGACGAACCGAGCGGCGAGGAAGAUGAGGGCGAGGACGGGUGUGUGGAAGAGGCUCGUGAGGUUGUGAGCCAGCUCUUCUUCUCCGGCGCCAUCUGGAACGACGUCGAUGCCAAUAAUGAGACGCCCGCCUGCGUCGCCUACCGCCUCGGCCGAAAGACCCUGUAUAACCUCUGCGUUGAUGCCGGUGUUCGCGCAGAGAUCCUCCUUGCUUUGAUGGACGGCUACGAAGAGCUCUCUUCCGGCGGAGAUGACGAAGACGAAGAUGACGAAACCAUGCAAGACCAAGAGCAAGAAGCCGCCACUGACGAAGCAAAGGCCCAAGACGGCGACGUCGAAGUAGUCGAGGCUGCAGAGCCUCUCAAAUUCGUCCCUCCCGAUGCCAACGAGAAGCCCGUCACGAGCGAAGAGUACCUGCAGUCCGACCUCACCUACGACGAUAACAAGCUCCUCGACUCAGACCUCAACGGCGUCAUGAUGGCCUGGGAAACGGACAUCAUGCGCCGCUCCGUCGCCGCGCUCAUCCCCGACGCGCAGCCCGGCAAGCGCAUCCUCAACAUCGGCUUCGGCAUGGGCAUCAUUGAUGGCAUGUUCGCCGAGCUCAAGCCCUCAAAACACCACAUCAUCGAGGCGCACCCAGCCGUCCUAAAGCACAUCUCCAGCCCCGAGUCCAAGUUCGGGGCCACAUGGGAGAAGAGCGGACCCGAAGAAGGUGCUUACAAGGUCUAUGGCGGUAAAUGGCAGGAAGCCGUUCUCCAGCUCCUCGAGCAAGGGGAGCUUUACGAUGCCAUCUACUUUGACACCUUUGGAGAGGACUACUCGCAGCUUCGCAUGUUCCUCAUGGAAUACGUGCCCGCGCUGUUGGAUCAGGAAGGCCGUUUCAGCUUCUUCAACGGGCUUGGUGCGGACCGCAGAGUGUGCUAUGAUGUAUACACAAAGGUCGUGGAAAUGCACUGUGCCGAUGCGGGCCUGGAUGUGGAAUGGGAGGAGAGCGACGUUGACAUGGCCAAGCUCAACCAAGACGGCCAAGGAGAAUGGGAGGGUGUUCGACGACGAUACUGGACAUUGGAUAAGUAUCGACUGCCUGUGUGCACUUUUAUGGGUUAA